AUGAAGAGGAGCAGAAUCUACGACCGAAGAAAGUUGUGCGGUGUUUGGUUUGACGGCGGUGAACGAAGAAAUGAUACGACCGGAGUCGGAGAUAAGACUAUUUGGGCCUAUGGGCUUUUGAGGGAUCAAAUUAAGUUUCCACCGCCGUGUCGGAAUUACGACCGCCGUGUCGGAAUUACGUUCGAAGUUCGCUUGUCGUCUUCAUGGAUUCAAUCAGCAAAGAGGAAUACACAACAAGAACAAGGAGGCGAUAAUUACGUUGCUAAAGGAUGGAAUGCGAUUAAGACAGUGGGGAGAGUUAUCGAUUACUGCUAA